UGCCUACCUAGGAUAUUAUUGCAUGAGAGGGGUUCUUAGGUCAUUGACGAAUAGAAUGGUGCUGAUUUGAUGAUUUGAUUGAUGAUUCGAUUGAUUGCUAAGCUUUCUCCGCCUCUAUACGUAUUCUUUUGUUUAACAGGUAGGUUAGGACAACUUUUCCUCAACGCAAAUGCUAUCUCGAUCGCUUCUUGCUAAGAUCAAUAGAUCCGUUGGUUUGAAUUCGUCUUUUUCAUUGGUAUGUUUGUGUUUUUUGUUUGUGUUUAUGUUUAUUUGGGGAGUAUGAUGAGGGGGUUGUGGUUUGUGUGACGGGGUUUGUGUGAGGGGGUUUGUGUGAGGGGGUUUGUGUGACGGGGUUUGUGUGAGGAGGUUAGAUGAGGGAUUAGGUGGGCUCUGCGGGAUUUGGUGGAUGGGAGAGGUAGAAGGAGAGGGGAGGGAACAGUGGUUUCGGGGAAGACAUGAUGGCGGGGGAGAUAAAUAGGAGGAAUGGAAAGAAAAAGAUUCAAGAAUCAAAGCUAAUCAUUUAUAUCUCAUUAGAAACUCACACCUGCAAGAACGAUCUCACAAACACAUAUUCGCAAAAUGCAUAUUCAAAGUAUUUCGAUGUGGGAGGGUACCUCGAAUAACUAUGCGUAUUUGGUGGUGGAUAAUAAGAGUAGGGAUGCGGUGAUUAUUGAUCCGGCGAAUCCGGAGGAGUGAGUUUGGGUUUUUGUUUUUGUUUGGUUUGGUUUGGUUUGUUUUGAGGGCGUGGGAAGAAGGGAAGGCGUGGUGGAUAGUUGAGAUGGAUGGGAUGAUUGGCAGACGGAAGAGGGGAGAGAAAGGGGACAAAAUUUGAUGAGGAAGAAAGGAGAAAGGCUAAUUACAGUAUCAAUAGGGUCGCUCCUGUUUUACAACUACAAUUGAAGGAUAAAUUAAUCAAUUUAAAAGCAAUCGUCAAUACACAUCAGUGAGUUUAUAUCAGACAUCCAUCACCAAGGCAUUACACCAACAAUCAUAAUUUAGCCACUGGGACCACGCAGGUGGAAAUAAAAAACUAGUAAGCUCCUUCAUCACCACCCUCCCCAACACAUAGCUUAGCUGACACCAUUCAUUCAGCUCGAUUAUCCAGGAUUUGAAGGCUUACCAAUAAUUGGUGGUAAAGAUUGCGAGGGAGUUACACAGACACCGAAAAAUGGAGAGGGGUUUAAUAUCGGAGUGAUCAAGGUCAAGGCACUUUAUACACCGUGUCAUACACAGGAUAGUAUUUGUUGGUUUAUGGAGGAUGAUAAGGGUCAAAAGGCAAUUUUUACGGGUGAUACACUAUUUCAUGGAGGUAAGUAUAUUGACUUGAUUGAUGGAAAAGGGAUAUGAAAUCAGGCAGGGAUAGAGAUUAUGAUAAUGCAUGGAACUGACAUGAAAUAGGAUGUGGAAGAUUCUUUGAAGGAACGGCUGAGGAAAUGCAUACAGCUCUUAAUAAAACACUUGCAGCUGUACCGGAUGAUACAAUUGUCUAUGUAGGUUCCUUUCCUUCACAUUUAUAAAAUACAAGUAUGCGAUCUUAUACUAAUUUACCUACCAUCUGCCAUAGCCCGGACAUGAAUACACAAAGGACAAUGUAAAAUUUGCUGUAUCUGUUUCACAAAGUGAAGCAGUAAAAGCAUUGGAAGAUUUUGCAAAGAACAAUAAGUAUACUCAAGGAAAGUUUACUAUUGGGGAUGAGAAGAAACACAAUGUUUUUAUGAGAGUAGAAGAUCCGGAAAUUCAAAAGGCGACGGGAAAGACGGAUCCAGUGGAAGUGAUGGCGAAGUUAAGGGAGCUGAAGAAUAACUUCAAGUGAGUAAGUAUUGACCUUUUCUGUAACUGGAUAAAGGAUGUAUACUGAUGGGGAUUUUUAGAGAUCCAAUAGCAAAGAUCUAAUGAUGUUGAUGUUGAUUUCACAUGUGGAUUUUCUGGGGAAGGGGUCCAACAAAUUGGCAUGCAGUUACCUAGGUAGUUGGCAGUUAUCUAUGAAAUUUACAAGAUCCUACAUUUAUAUGCAAUGAAAAUCAACCUGGCAAACCUA